UACACAAGAUAUUUUCUCACUGAUGAUGUGGCAUCCAGAAAAUAUCCCUGACACGUGUAAAAGCGACGCCAUGUGGAGCCUUCUUUUUUUUUUUUUUUUAUUUGUUUUGUAAUACUUCUUCUUCAACCGAACAAUUCAACAAAAGGGUUUCUUCUUCUUCUUCUUCUUCUUCUUUUCUUCUUCUCUCAUUUCUAAAUCAAAAUUUUCGCGCACCAUGGAACAAGAUCUCCGUCUCCGCAGUCACCUCCACUCACCGACGUUUCCCUCCGAUCCAGAGCCAUUUCCUGAGUUGACUCGCUCAGGUUCUUACUCCGACUCCGACUCCUCCGCCACCACCGUCGACAACACCUCCCGUGAUACCGCUCCGUUUCUGGACACGUCUAGAAGAUGGACAGAUCAACUGCACAAGUUAUAUCUCAGCUCUUUAGAGGCCUCCUUUGUGAAUGAGUUGCAUCAUUCUAUACACUUACGUGGCCGGAGAUUUCACAAUAAUGCUGAUGAAGCAUAUAAAUGUAGAGCUCUGCAAAAUACACCUACUAUGCCUAGGCAGUCUCUGGCUCUACAAGAUGGCUUCCAGGAGAAGAUCAACCUUGAAAAAAUUGCACCUAUGUUAGAGAGUGCAGCUGAUUCUCAUGUUCUUGCAGGAAGUGAACCAGGAUUUGCAAUGGUAGAUAAAGUUUGUAGUUUGAGAGAGCCUAUUACCUAUGACCAUGGCUUAUUUCGUAACAAGGAGAUUCAUGCCAGUGGAAGUUCACCAUCUGCCAACAGGUCAGCAAAAAGUUGUUUGGAGAAGCAAUGCUCAUUCAAUGAAGAAUCGGGUUGCAGUAGUACAGAGGUCACUGAUCAAAACUUCAAGGAUGAAGUAGCCAGUUCAAGCAGCAUGCCCAAGGCUAAAAGGUUGAAGACAGCUGCAGCUAAUGGUUCAAGCACCGAUCAAGUUGUCCCAUUUGGAAAGUUUCAGACAACUGAUGUUUCAACGGUUAGCAAUUCAACACCAGAGAAUGAAGGACAGGAAUUGCUAUCUGAACUCCCAGAGAGCUUCCGUAUCCCAAAGUCUGAUCUGCCUUUUCUCCAGGAUAGGUAAUAUGUAACUUAGAUUAAAGCCUCAAAUUCUACAGUGGACGUGAUAUAGCACAAGAGAUUAAAGCCUCAAAUUCUACAGUGGACGUGAUAUAGCACAAGAGAAUAGAAAAAUUUACGUGGUGCCCUUUCAAGAAACUUGAGGGUCUUAUGUAAAGGAAAAUCAGAUGUGGCAACCCUAUUCUUGUCGAAUUUAGUGCUGGUUAGGUUACCCAUACCAUAGGGUUUAAUGUAACACAGUGAGGAAGAAUCCUUUGAUAGCAAUAUGCUUCAACAUAGUACAAACUACAAAAUAUGAUUUUGUAUGAUUUUUUGUUAGAUGAAUUUUUGGGUGAUUAACCAACGUUUAGUAUCCCAUUGGACCAACAUAAUUGACUAUCUAAUAUGUAUUGUUUUUUUUUUGUACAUCUAAUAUGUAUGGUUAGUGGAAGCCAUUUAUAAUAAGGUAGAGUUAUUAGUGA